AAUUAGGAUUCAUUUUUAAAAUAAAACAGACCAGUUAGGAAUAUUUUUAUCUAUUUAAACGCGUAUUCUUUAAAACUAUCAGUAAUCACACAAGCUUCGUUAGUGAGUUACACUUAGGGUCAUACUUUAGUUGUAAUUAUUGUUGUGUCCUUAUCGCCUGUGUUAAUAACAAGAAUGGCAAUAGCUGUGAAAAAAUUCACCGAAAGUUCAGUUUAUUUUCGUAUCGGGGGGCAGUUUGCCAAUACACUGUCAGAUAUUUUCUCGGAAGGUAGUUAGCAACGACUUUUAUAACUUAGUUGUUCAUCAAGUGCAAGAUGAUUAGAAUAUCGGGGGUGGUUUUUCUAGCUGUGUUUCUGUGUAAUUUUGGAAAAUUGCACGCAGCCCACUGGAGCUACAAGGACAUAGACCACUGGGACAAGCAAUGUUCUUCCGGAAAAAAGCAAUCUCCAAUCACCCUAACCCCUGACACAUCCGAAGGCAAAACCUUCCCACCAUUCACAUUCGACGGCUACGAUCAACUUUACAACGCCAACAUAAAAAAUAAUGGACACACAGCUGUUGUAAACUUGGAAACUUCAAAGAGACCAAUGUUGGCGGGUGGUGGUUUAGACGGAGUUUACGUUUUGGAUUCUUUCCAUUUUCACUGGGGGUCAGAACAUCUUGAAGGCGAUAAAAGGUAUGCGGGAGAAAUUCAUUUAGUACACUACAGUAACAAAUACAAAGAUCUUUCUCAAGCACUAACGGUGGGUCGUGUGGCUGUCCUAGGUGUGUUUCUAUAUCUAUCCCCAGACGACUAUGAAGACUUGGCCCCGAUCAUUACAGCAGUUCGUCAAAUACAGCAGCAGAAAGUUAGAUUAAAUGUACCUGUAGCGAUUCAAAGAUUGGAACUGGAUGACUUUCUUCCUCAUGACAGAGCUGGAUUUUACCGAUACGAAGGUUCUUUGACUACACCUAAUUGUACAGAAGGAGUAACUUGGACAGUUUUUACAAAUGGUCUACCAAUUUCAAGCCAUCAGCUUAGAACCUUCACUCAGUUAACGACGGAAGAAAAUACAUUAUUGACUACAAAUUAUAGACCUGUACAAGAGCUUAAUGACAGAGUUGUUUAUCUCAAGGUCAGUGAAAUGGACAGCGCUGCUGAUUUCGUUACAGCGGCCACUUCCUUCAAAGUGUUGACUUUGGUAGCCAUAUUGAUCAACUUGUUUUAAAUAAGAAAAAACUGUAUUGCUACCGGUUAUAAGAUCGUGUCGUUAAUUUGAUGUAUUUAUUUAUUUAUUUAUGGUUUAAAUAACUCAGAAUUAAAGCCAAAGAGAGCAUAACCUAGAAGAAAGUAACUUAGUAAAUGUUGAAUGUUUCAAUAUUAUUAAUAUUAGAAAAAGUUAUAACUACGGCUCGAAUUAUGUGCACUGAAAAACUUCAUUAGGUUACGGAAUUUUUAUUCCUACGUAAUUUUUUAUAUCCAAUAUAACAACAGUUUGUCAUUUUCUCUUUAGAGGCAAGAGUAAACUGGGUAACAAAAUUGAAAUCUUAGGGGUGCUAUAAGGACGUUUUUUUAACAUUUUUAAUGUAAGUAACAGAAUUAAAUAUUACUACAAUAUGUAUUGUUUCUUUGACUAGAAUUGGUUCCGGAAGAAAGAAAACUUUUCGUAUAUUGUAUUAUAUUUUGCAUUCUUGUAUUUUUGUUUGUUUUGUGUCAUUGUUUAGUGCUAAGUAGGUAUCAUCUACAUUUUUUACUACUCAAAAUUUUGAUCGGUGUAUUUACAUAUGUACGUGGUUUGUAGUUACACAUGAAUAUGCAAAAAUAAUAUGCCAUCUUAUGCGUUUUUUAAGCUAAAGAGGUGAGACAAUUGCUCCCGGAAGAAAGAAAAUUGUUGGACUUUUUUGUGUUAUAUUAAAUAUAUUUUGCAUUUUUACAUUUUUACUGCCCAGUCUUGUAACCAUUAAAUUUACAUAUGCACGUGCCUGCGUCCACAUGAAUAAUAUGCAAAAUAUACAUUGUUAUACGUCCUUAAGCCUAAAAGGUGAGACAUGUUCUAAAAAUACUAACUUUUUUAGAUAUACCACGGAGGUAUAACUCGAGCCUUAGUUUUAACAUUUUUUUGUUAUACUCUGCGAGUAAAUAAUGUAUCAUAACACUUUUGUCUCGAUGUACCUUCUGAGCGAGAAUUUUAGAUUAUUAUUGUACUUGCUCGAUUACAUAGAUGUCGUAUUAUUAAUGUUUUUAAAGAAUAAAGUUUUUUUAUAAAAAUAGGAAACGGGGUAAUUCUAGUAAAUACCUAAAAUGUUUUAAUGUCAGUAAAAUCCAGAAGUUGCUAUUAGUUUUAUGAUGAUUUUCACAAAUAAAGUUCUUUAAAAUUGUC